AUGAGAGUGAAUCAUAAAAAAUAUAAGACAAAGUCGAUAAAACAAACCUUAAACCCAGCUUGGAAUACUCAUUUCGAUAUUAAAGUAUCUCCAAAAAAUACACCUACUCUACUAUCAUUCACAGUCUGGGAUAAAGAUACAUUCGGUAGAGAUUUUCUAGGCGAAGUGAACAUACCUUUCAAAAAUAUAUUUGACAGAAACAACGGCGGUAUCUCAGACGGUGUUCCUCGAAACUACAAAGACCCUAAUAACCUUGAGGCCUACUUCCAACUUGCAAAAAGAAGUGAAAAGAAUAAUGUGUCCGGUGAGUUAUGCUUGAAAUUUGGCAUUGUUGAGGAGCAUAUUGGUGAUGUGAAAAGAUAUGCAGAUGCUUGGGAUGUUCUAAAUGCUUGA